ACGCUGGGAUCUCCGGUUGAUAUUAAGAUUGUAACAUCGCAUAUGUAACUGCGGCAGUAGUGUCAAAGGUUCCAGUUGUCGUUUAUGUGCCUUGUACGCAUGCGCGGUACUCUGUGUCCAACCAUAAUAGUGUCCGACUGUGAAUACCAGUAUCUCUGGUACUGGGCACGUUUCGUUCCUGAAGGUCUUUGGUCUAGCGUUUAGUGUUGUUUAUGACGAAGUGUUUGUCUUUAAAUUGGCUGUGUAAAUAUUAGGUUAGUUUUAUACUUAUCAAUUAAAUUGUUAGCUUGCAAUGGUAUGAAUUGUGAAUCUAUGUACCGUUAGCUAACGUUAGCCUAAAGUUAGCUAUCGCUAGCUAGUACACAUUUGCAAUAUUGUAGCUAGCUAACGUAAGAGCUGAUUGGCUGAAAGAAAUAUGGUAAAAGUGGUUGUAGCGUGGAUUCGAAUGUCCGUUUAAUAACGUUAGUAGUAAAAGCAAACAAAGGAUUAUAGUACAACUGAAUAGUCCAAUAUACUUUCCUUAAACCAAUAUAGUUUUGGACCACCAGAUGGCGUGUGUUGUGGGGCUUGUCUAUGGGCUUGAGACCAGACCAGACCCGACGCCAUUUUCAAUAUCCCCAGUUGUUCUCUUCUGGUCGGUGUGUUAGCUGGUUUACUUCACUGAAAUAACGUUAGUAUUACAGAAAUCAUGGGAAGAAAGAAGAAAAAGCAAAUGAAGCCUUGGUGCUGGUACUGCAACAGAGAUUUUGAUGAUGAAAAGAUUCUCAUUCAGCAUCAGAAGGCCAAACAUUUCAAGUGCCACAUCUGUCAUAAAAAGCUGUACACUGGCCCUGGGCUUGCAAUUCACUGUAUGCAGGUACAUAAAGAGACCAUUGAUGGAGUCCCCAAUGCAAUACCUGGAAGAACUGAUAUUGAGCUGGAAAUAUAUGGCAUGGAGGGUAUUCCCGAAAAAGACAUGGAAGAGAGAAGAAGAGUGCUAGAACAAAAGAACCAAGAGACUCAAAAGAAAAAGCAGAACCAGGAUGACUCUGAUGAGUAUGAUGAAGAUGACGAGCCUGGUCCUUCCUUCCAGCAGCCUGCUGCAGGCCAGCCACAGGCAGGUUACAUACCCCCUAUGACCCAGCCUGGCAUGCCCCCUGGCUCUGCUGCUUCAGGGAUACCACCAGGCAGCUACUCAGGAAUUCCCCCAAUGAUGCCAGGUGUGCCACCAAUGAUGCCAGGAAUGCCCCCCGUAAUGCCAGGAAUGCCUCCAGGGAUGAUACCAAUGGGCGGGAUGAUGCCUCCAGGUCCAGGGAUGCCACCAAUGAUGCCAGGUGUGCCACCAGGCAUGCCACCUCCUGUGGGCCACCGUCCAGGCAUCACACACAUGGCUCAGGUUCCCCCUGCUGCAAACAUGCUGACUAGACCUGCUGUCCCUGCUGCCACUGUCCCCUCAGGCCAGCCUGAUGUAACAAAGCCUCUUUUUCCCAUUGCUGGACAGAUGGGCAGUCGUGUUGCAAGUACAAAUGCAGGCUCAUCCAGUGCAGACUCUCAGUCCGCCUCCCCUAAAGCUCUGUUCCCUGUCACGUCACAAAGUCUGCAGUCAGGGUCCCCCCACCCUCCUUCCUCUACCUCCUCUGAUCCCUCAAAGCCCACAUUCCCGGCCUACACUCAGGCCACCGUAGCUGUGGCCAGCACCAAUGCUGGCAGCAGUACGGUCUCCAAACCUCCCUCUACUGUGACCAGUAAGCCUGCCACCCUCACCACCUCCAGUGCAACCAGUAAGUUGAUCCACCCUGAUGAGGAUAUCUCACUGGAAGAGUUGCGCGCUCAGCUGCAGAGGUACCAGCGCAGUAUUCUCCGCCCAGGCCAGAACAGUGCUGCUUCCCCGUCAGCGGGUUCUGUGGGUGGCAUGAUGGCUCCUCAGCAGCCCAGCAUGAGGCAUUCCAUACCUGGCCAGUACGGUGGUCCUCCCCAGGGGCUGCCAGGCUACAUGCCAGGAGGGAUGCUUCCGUACGGACAGGCCCCUCCUGUGGUUCCCCCAGGGUACCAGGGAGCCCCUCCACGGCCACCCAUGGGUAUGAGACCCUCUGUCAUGUCUCCUGGAGCCCGCUACUGAAGCCUGCCAUCUUCUCUUCAAUAGGUUUAUAGAAGUAUAGUAGAUAUGGUUCGUAGUGUUGUGAAGGCGCUGGAGUUACAUGAGCAGUACCCACCCUUUAUCAAGGCAAGUUUUAUGUAAAUACAUUUCUGUUCUAAGCUUAACAGUGAGGCCUUCACAGCACGUAGUGCUGUUGGACUUUGUGUCCCCAACUUUGUUUGGUGAGGGCUUCAGAUAACUGUUAAUGCAUUCAUUCUGUUUUAUGUGCAUAGUUUUAAUGGAGAGGUACUCCCAUAACCUUAAAUAGUUGAAGUACUAAAUGAAGUGAUAUAUGUAUUGUUGUAAAACUGUAUUGUAAUAAAAUGUGGCAAAAAUGUAAGACUCUUCUUUGCGGGAUGUUAGUGGGAAAAGAGAUGUCACUGCAGGUUUGUACUCCAGUUGAAAUAUGUUGGUAAAUGUUUUCUUUUGGCUAGAAACAAUAUAUUGAUUUUUAAUUUUUAUUGAUUCUCUGAACGUGGCAAGUGCAUUGUACAGCUGCAUAAUUCUGGGUCGCUGUAGCGCUAAAACCCAGAUUUCUCUUCUCCCUGUAGCGAUGCCAUGGGGGACUGGCUGAGGCCCUGUCUCAGUGUAGCCCUGUUUCAGCCUGAGGCAAGUCUCACCAUUUUCUGUCUUCUCAUUCAUUACCAGGGGCCCUCACAGCUUACACGCUGUUGGAUCUCAAUGUCCCCAAACUUGCAGCAAGUUUGGUGAAGGCCCUUGUUUGUGUUGUUGCGUUUAGGCACCAUUUUCUUCAGGCAUGUAAAUUAUGUUCUUGAUUGUUAACCUCUAAUGUGUCAUUGAACCUGUAUCCUCCAUUCUUGGUUGGUGAGAGCAUCAGGAAGCUCAGUUUUCAUUUAAUAACUUUAUACUGAAAGUAUGGAGCUUUUAAAUGAAACCGUAUUCCUUAAGAAGCUUUUUAUAAUAACUAGUCCUACAGUCAACAGCAAUUUACUGCCUAAAAUAUUAAAGCUUGGUCAAAAGUCUGUCACAAACAGCCAUAAAUACAUUAAAUGUUUGUUGGGAGGUUUGUGAUGAACAAAUGCCUUUUCAUAUGAAUGUGAAAAUUUCUUUACUACUUAAUCCUGUUUGUUUCAUCAGCUGUCCUCACUUGAUCAUUUGAGUUUAACUACUUACAUGAAGGCGAAUCCCUACGAGUAACAGGUUAGUUAAAGCUGUAAGUACCACUGCUGUAAUUUUAACUUCCAUUAACCUGUGUUUUGUGUGCUCACACAAUUAGAUGUUAUCGCUGUCACCUUUUUUUAUUUUUAAAACAAAAUGAGCCCAUAAUAAUUAAGCAUUCUACAUUUAUAGCAGCCAAUCAUUCAAUAUGAUUGAAGAAUAAUUUGGGGCAGAAAACAUGAGUGUGCAACACAUUUCUUUCCACUAGUUCCUCUUAAAAUGAUGGUUCGGAGUAAUUUCACCCUAGGGUCCU